AUGGGUAUCUUUAUAAAGACGUUCCUGGCAGCCGUAAUAACGGCUGUCUUUACAAUAAAUUCGACAAAUAAUCUAGUAGAAGCAAGAUUGGAACGACAUCCAAGUGGAAGUAACCGUUCUCCAGGACCGAUGAAGUCAGAUGCCCCGCGACAUCAUAGCGCCUUCUUCUCUAGGGACCCACAGAAACUCACAGGACACACAAAAGCUUCAGAUACUGUAAAACUUAACCUACCUGCAAGAACCACCUUUGGACCAUUGGAAAGUGACACUGUCAAGAAGAUAGUAGCUGUUGCUGGGACUACUGCAAUAGCUUCGGCAAUUUGUUAUGCAUAUGUAAGGAGGGUCAUGUGGCAUCAUCUAUAUGGACGAUAUGUGCGUCCCGAUGCUCCAGGUAUCGCAGAUGUACUAGGACAUGUUCUAUACACUAAAGAAGAUCCCAACAGGGUAGCUCUUAGGAGGAGGACCAUACUUGAUUUCUUCAGGGCACUAGUUAUACCAUUACUUGAAAAGUGCCCAUGGAUCAGGGGACUACUUAAAAGUAAUUUAAGACGCAUACCUAUCGGUGAUGCUAUCGAAGAUGGAUCAGUUACUGCAUUGUAUUUCCACUCAAACAAUGUUCAGCGUCUGUUGCGGGAAAAGGGAUAUCGUGAUUUCACUCAAAAUCUUAUGAAGAUACAAGAAGCUAUGCGUGCAAGUGGACGUAAAUUCCAAGUAGUAUACAUCAAUGUUGACCAAAAACAGGUUGACGGAGUCGAUCAUUUUAAAGAUAUGCCCUGGUACGCAUUGCCGUUCGAUGACAAGACGCGCAUAUCGCAACUAUGCCAACUAUAUGAUAUCACUGGCAUACCCAGCGUAGUGCUUGUAAACUCCGAUGGUAGUGUUAUUAACGAUCGUGCUCUAUACCUCAUGGCACACAAACCAAACGACUUCCCAUGGAAAGUAGAAAGUGCUCUGGACCUCAUACCAGAAACACUAGUUAAUGGAAACAAUCAAGUGGUACCCAAAUCAGCACUUGAAGGGAAAAUUGUGGCACUAUACUUCGGUGCUGGAUGGACACGUUCCAGCAAAGACUUUAGUGAAAAGUUGCAAGAGUACCACAGAGCUGUUGGGGAGAAGACCGACGGAAGAUUUGAAGUUGUAUACGUUUCAAACGACAAAAAUCAAACGGAUUUCGAAAAGGAACUAUAUGAUCAUAAUGGUAAUUGGUUAUCAGUGCCAUUUGAAGAGACAGAUGCCAGGUUAAUCUUACAGCAGUACCUCAAGGUACCAGUUAUGCCGGCCCUAGUACUGCUCGAUCCCAGUGGAAAUGUAAUCACACCAGAUGGAAGGUUCUAUGUUGAAGCUGAUCGUGGUGCAAAUGCACUACCAUACGCAUCAUACCUCAACAGAAACGGUAAACAGCUCGUUGAAGAUGUCGCUGUAAACGUUGAUGCUUUUGCACAUCAGCCUGUUGUUAUAGUAUUCGCCGAUGACGUGGAGGUUGAGGAGCGAAAAGCUGCAGAGAAGCAGUUGGCUGACGCAGCUGAAAGUCACGCCAGCCAUAGGAAGGGUCGUGAACUGAAGUUCUUUAUCUCCAAGACAACGGACAAACGCAGCGAAGCUGUACGUACCAUUUGCGGAGUCUCCCGAAACGGAAAACCACAGGUAGUUAUACUCGACCUACUUGCACAAAAGAUCUAUUAUGACCCGAAACUCAAUACUAUUGACCAGAAUUCAAUCCUUGCUCUGGUCGAUGGAUACUAUACCGGGAAGCUUAAGAUGCGUGCGAUCACUAUGCCAAACUGA